GAAGCCCAGGAAUUGAGCAUUUCAAACCAAGACUACCUCACAUUUUUUGUGUGUGCAGCACUUUGCAUUGCUUUUCUGGUUGGGCGGAGAAUUGUAGGCUAACUAUAGAAUCUACGAUUGAACAGUACUAUGCUCUCAUUCAAAAUAGUAUGCAAGAACAGACUGGAAGAAAUAUUAAAACUAGUUGAACCAACAGAUCAGUUUCCAGUGAAAGAUCACAAGUGGAUUAUCCAAAAGUACAUUGAGGCACCAUUACUGAUUUAUGAUACAAAGUUUGAUAUUAGGCAAUGGUUUCUUGUGACAGACUGGAACCCCUUGGCAUUAUGGUUCUACAAAGAAAGCUAUCUGAGAUUUUCCACUCAACGUUUCUCCUUAGAUAAUCUGCACAGUUCCAUUCAUCUUUGCAAUAAUGCCAUCCAGAAAAAUUAUAAGAAUCCUACUGACUGCAGUUCACAUUUGCCUUAUCACAAUAUGUGGACAAGCAACAAAUUCCAAGACUACCUGCAAAAGAGAGGCCAUGGCCACAUCUGGCGAAAUGUGAUCUACCCAUCCAUGAAAAGAAUUUUAAUCUAUACCAUGAAGAUGGCUCAGAACCAGGUUGAAUCACGGAAGAGCAGUUUUGAACUCUAUGGAGCGGAUUUCAUUCUUGGAAAUGACUUUAAACCAUGGCUGAUUGAAAUCAAUAGUAGUCCAACCAUGUAUCCUUCUACUCCAAUUACAUCAGAUCUAUGUGCUCAGGUUCAGGAAGACACAAUCAAAGUUGUUAUUGACAGGAAGCUUGAUAGGAACUGUGAUACUGGAAAUUUUGAACUUCUCUGGAGACAACCUCUCCUUCCUCCUCCCAUUGAGCUUUGCUCCAGUCACUCCAUCUUUUCAGCAUUUUAAAAGGAUGCAGCUGAAUGCCACAGCCUGCCAAAGAGACAGAAGUUUGGCAAGCAGUAGUGUCACUCUCCUGGUGUGG